AUGCCACAUCCAACAAAAUGUCAAAAAUAUCUAAAAAAAAUUUGUAAAACAAAAAAAGCUAAGCGUCAGUAUACCAGAAGCUAUGAUAAUAUUGAAGAUCCUGACAAUGAUAAUAUUUCUUUUUAUGAUGAUAAUUUUUCCAUUCAUGAUGAGCCAAUAGAAAAUGAUAAUGUCAUAAGCAUUGUAAAAAAACUACAAGAAGCGGCAAAAAAGUAUCAUUAG